AUGGCCAUCUGGGAGGCCGAGAGGGAGCACGGCUUGCUUCGCUCCAACCUGCUGCCGGCCACGGAGACCUGCAGCACCAACGGCGAGCCGGCGGAGCCCACGCCGGUGCACUUCUACUGCCGGGUCUGCCUGGUGACCUUCAGCUCGCAGCAGAGCUUCGAGAGCCACUGCUCCUCCGUUGAGCACGUGCAGAUGCUCUCGGCCGACACCUCUGUCCAGUGGGUCCACCGUGCGCCACCACUCGGGCUGACCAAGUUCUCGCUGUGUAGCAGAGUGGAGGUGUGCGAAAUGGGGAACAGCUGCACCAAGGCUCAUUCCACCGAGGAGCUGCAGGAGUGGAUCCAGAGGGUGAAGAUUGCCGUGAAGAAAAAGAAGCAAGCGCUGAAGGAAGGGCUCUUGUCCUACCAGGACCGGCUCAUCGCCGAGUAUCGGAUGUGCUCCAACGAAGUGUUGAUUAUGGCUGAGCACGUUGAGGGCGUCAGAGUUGUGUGUGAACAGCCCCUGCACGUGCAGUUGGAGGACAGGAGGAUGAAAUACCGGUGGAAGUUCAGGGUCCACUCCCAGAUGCCUCUGCAGCACGUGGCGCUACUGAAGCGGGAACCUGGAGUCAACUUCUACCUCGUGGGGAACGGGCUUUCCCGGGACCUCCACUACAUGCGGGGGGAGCACGUGGCCACCCGGCCCUCCUCCCCACCCACCGCGCUGGUGGAGGUCUGCAUGGAGUGCUGCACACUGGGCGUCUUUGAGCAGUGGGUGGUGUUUGACUUCGGCAGCCGCCCCGUCCUCAUGCAGAAGAUCAAGGUGAAGGUGGGCCGGCGGGACACCCCCCAGCACGUCCCCGGCAGCAGGGAGAGCAGCCAGCCCGUCAACUUCGUGCGAUGGGAUAGAGGUAACAGGAUCAUCGUUCCCAGCAUGCCAAGGACCGGUGAAGAUGUGGAUCUGCUGGCCAAGUACAAACCUCGUGCUCUCGCGCUGGACUACCAGCGCGAGGGUGGUGCGACCGUUCCCAUCACCCGUCUCAACUAUCGUGAGAGGAUGCACAGCUUCCUCUUCCGUGAGGAAGAAGCCGAACAGGCUCUGAUUGCCAAACUCAACCUGCGGGUCCUCAUCUCGCUGACCCCCGCGCUGCAAAGCCUCUCUGUGGGGAUGAAGAUUGCCCCCUCUGGUGAGCUGUUUGCUGAAGUGCCUACCCCUUAUAACCUCUCGCCGGACACAGACGAGGGGUAUCUGCUGAGCAGGUCUGUGCCCACUGCUUUCCUGGCACUUGACCCGCCUGUAGACAAUCGGGUUUACGAGGUUAGUGUGGAGCAUAAAGCCACCACGGAGAAGACCAUCUGGCUACAAAUACCAAAGAGAUGCUGCUCAGAGCUGAACUUCAAGCCAAACACCUUCCGCAAGGUGGAGAUCCAGUUCCAAAUCGACCAGCUGCUGUUCCGGCAGUGGCACCAGGCUGUGGACCGCCUGUUGGAUGAGAAGCUGGUCCUACCCGAUGUUGCCAGUUGCUCUGUCCCCUACUCUCUUGGGCCACCACAGAAAGGGAAUAGCAAGCAGAAACUAGCCAUCUCCUUCAUCACGGGCCAGGCAACCAGCAGCCGGCAGGUCCCACCUCUUCUCAUCUACGGGCCUUUCGGCACAGGGAAGACGUUCACCUUGGCCAUGGCCACCAUGGAGAUCCUCAGGCAGCCCAACACGCGGGUGCUGAUCUGCACUCAUACUAACAGUGCUGCUGACAUCUACAUCCGGGAGUAUUUCCAUAACUACGUGACCAACGGGCAUCCGUGGGCUGUCCCCUUGAGGAUUAUAUCCACUGACCGUCCCAUCAACCUGACGGACCCCAUCACUCAGAUGUACUGCUGCCUCUCGCCAGACCAGCGCUCCUUCCGGCACCCUACGCGGGCAGAGAUCGACAGGCACCACAUCAUUAUUACCACCUCCAUGUUAUCCAAGAACUUGAAGGUUGCCCCAGGCUACUUCACCCACAUCAUGAUUGACGAGGCUGCUCAGAUGCUGGAGUGCGAAGCUUUGGUUCCACUCUCCUACGCCACUUUUGAGACCCGGAUUGUCCUCGCUGGGGACCACAUGCAGAUAACCCCAAAGCUCUUCUGUGUUGGGGAUGGACAAUCUGCUGAUCACACCCUGCUAAACCGACUCUUUCAGUUUUACCAGAAAGAGAAGCAUGAAGUGGCCAUGAAGAGCAGGAUCAUCUUCAAUGAGAAUUAUCGUUCCACUGCAGGCAUAAUUGAGUUUGUCUCCAAGCACUUCUACGUUGGCAAAGGCAAUGCUAUCCAAGCCAGUGGGAACAUCCCACCCCAUCCCGAAACCUACCCCCUUGUGUUCUGCCACGUGUCUGGCGCAGCUGAAAGGGAUAUGUCCAUGAUUUCUUGGCACAACGCCUCCGAGAUAAUGCAAGUGGUUGAGAAAGUGAAUGAGAUCUAUCAGAGGUGGCCAGAUGAGUGGGGUGUCCGAGAUCUGAAGAAGAUCUGUGUGGUCUCCCAUGGGAUGCAGGUUUCUGCAACAAGACAAGAGCUGAGAAAGAAGCAGCUACAAGAUGUGGUGGUAGAAAACUAUGAAAACUUGCCAGGGCGGGAGUUCCGGGUCAUCAUCAUCAGCACGGUCCACAACAGUGAGAGCCUGCGCAUCUCAGCCUCCCACCACCUCGAGUUCUUCAACGAAGCCAGAGUGCUCAACACCAUCAUGACCCGGGCUCAGUCACUGGUUGUUGCAGUGGGGGAUGCCGUGGCCUUGUGCUCCCAUGGCCAGUGCAGCAAGGUAUGGAAGCGCUUCAUCCAGCAGUGCAUCGAGAAGGGGAGCGUCUUCCCGGAGAACCUGACAAUGGCCCAGAUCAAACAGGCUGCGUGCGACAAGGAGAGCUGGAGCAGGAGGAGCCCAGAGGAGGACGAAGAGGACAGCGACACUGAUUCCUGGAGCUCUGAGGCUGAGAGCGUGAAUCCUGACGAUCCCAUCCUCCAGGAGCUCUUAGAUGAGAGCAAGAACGUGCUGGUGACGGUGUCCGAAGAAGGGCUGCUGAACGUGAAGUCUGAGGCUUCAAACCUGCGGGAAGGCAGGAAGGAAUAUGUCAGCUUCUCUUCUCAGAUGAUGCAGGAGUAUCUGCACAUGCACCCCAAAAUGUACAAGAGGUGCGAGCUGAUCAAAGAAGGGUUCGACAGAGCUUCUGCCUUCACCCUCAACGACUCCCCUGCAAUGACCAUUCAGAUCAAAGGCAGAGUUCACUGCGGGACGGCCUUCACCGGGGACGAGGUGCUCGUGGAAAUCCUGCAGAGCAGCACGGCUGACAGCGGCAGCCACCGCCCUCAGGGGAAGGUGGUGGGCAUCUUAAAGCGCGCGGAGAGAGAACGGACCUUCAUCUGCAUGAUGGACGAAUUUGAUCCCCGGGUGAUGAUACCCAUCGAUCCCACUGUCACCAAAAUAUUCGUCCCAGGGCUGAAAGAGAAACCCAACGUCAUUCCUAUCCGCAGGCUUGUCAAUGGGAAGUACAGAGUGGUCAGCUGCGAGAAGAUCAGCCAGGAGACAAGGAGAUGCCAGUUCUUCUGCGUCCAGGUUAUCUCCUGGCGGGAAGGGUUUUACUACCCUCUGGGGAUAAUAACAGAGAUUCUGCAUGCAGCGUUGACUUUGGAAGAAGGCUUAAAGAUCCUCGACUUGGAGUAUGGUUUGGAGAAGAAAUACCCAGCUGCUGUCACCAAGGAGUCAGCCAAAUACACCUCCAGCAGCAAACUAAACGUCACCAAGGAAAAUCUGAAGGACUGUCGGAGUUACCUGACCUUCACUGUUGACCCCCAAGGCGCCAGGGAUUUGGACGAUGCUGUCAGCGUUAGGGAUCUUGGGCAUCGCUAUGAGAUUGGGAUCCACAUUGCAGACGUGGCUGGCAUCAUUCCCAAAGGCAGUGCCUUGGACCUGGAAGCAAAGAAGCGGGGUGUCACCUACUAUGCUCCCAACCAGGAGCCGCUGUGCAUGUUCCCACCCCACAUUAGCCAAGAGGUCUGCAGCCUCCUGCCGCAGAAAGAUCGUCGGGUGAUCUCCUUGUUUGUCACCAUAGAAAAGGAGACUGAUGAGAUGUUAAAGGCAGUCUUCACCAUCUCUGUGAUCCGCUCGGACAGGCAGCUGUCCUAUGAAGAGGCAGAGCUCUACAUUAAGGACCACUACAUGGGAGGGGCAAGGGCCCUUCGUUUCGAUACCCUGGAGGACUGCGUAGCUGUGGCUUAUCACUUCUCCAGGGUCCAUCGGAAGUUUCGGCUGCAGGAGGACUGUUUCUAUGACCGGCUGGAUGAGGAAAGAGCCCCAGGUAACAGGGGAUCCCAUCAGAUGAUAGAGGAGUUAAUGAUCAUGUUCAACAGUUUCGUGGCCGAGUUCCUCACCAACCAGGAGGACACCAGAAAUGUCACUCCUCUCCGGUGUCAGUGCGAGCCAAGCCUUCAACAGUUAUCACUCAUGAAAAACAAGUACAGCCACAUCCUUCCUUUGUCCAUCCAUCUCUCACACCACCUGGGAGAGGUGCCUCCUGGCCAAGACUCCUCCAAAAAUGUGGAGUUCAGCCUCCUGGCCCCCAUCUGGGAGCAGCUGCAGUCAGCCGCUAACGUCCGUGACUUCCACAAGAUGCUAGACCUUAUCGUUACUGAUGACAUCCACCCGAAGCUGGCCCCUGUGGCCCUGGAGUUCAGGAGACUGCUCAGCCGCUCCUAUUUCAGUCGCUCCAACUCCACUGUCCAGUCGAAAGCAGGCCAUUACUCCCUGCACGUUGACUCGUACACCUGGGCUUCCUCUCCCAUCCGCCGGUAUGUGGAUGUUGUGGUCCAGCGGCACCUUCAUUCUGUGAUCCGCAAGAAGCCCAUCGUCUAUUCUUCGGAUGACAUUGAGUUUCUCUGUCAUGACUUCAACAGGAAGAAUUCCCAGGCGGUGAUGUACGAGAAGAGAGCCCGCUGCCUGCAGAUGGCCACCCAGCUGAAGGGCCAAGUCCUGCAGAAGAUCGCCUUCGUAGUGGAUAUCGAAGGGAUGAAAAAGUAUUUUAAAACCCUGUUUCCACUGAACAAAGAGAGUCUUCCAGAUCCCCAGAUAAUUAACUACAGGUCUCUUCAGCUGAUAGAGCAGCCCGUGUUCAUCCAGCAGCGGAGCAGCAUCAAACUGUCGUGGAAGAGGAGGAUGUACUCUGUGGAGACAAUGAAGGAGCACAGCCUGCGGGAAGGACCUCUCCGCGACCACAGCGUCACCCUCUUUGACACCAAGACUUGGCAAGAGCUGUACCGGCGGCACGUGGGCUGGGUAAGGAAGAGCCAGUGCUUGCACUACAUGGAGCUCUCCCUGGAGCUGAGCGCCGGCGACGCGCUGCAGUUCCAGCUCACCACGGACGUCUGCCGGGGCUUCCUGGUGCCCUUCGUGCAGCUGUGGUGUGUGACACCAGGUUUCGAUGUCUGCCUGCAGCAUAUGGAAAAGCCUAUUGAUUGCUUCUCCGCCUACGCCACCCUGCCGUCCAAAGACAAGUACAAGCAUGCAGUGGAGUAUAACAAGGUAUGGAUGCCGAUGAGCGCCAUGGAGUCUGCUUCAUGCGCGGUGGCUGAAAACGACUCGAUUGUCCUCCACGAUGUCAAAAUAACCUGGGCAAAGCAAAGGACAAGAAAAGGACAGCUGCAAGGGAGUUUCCUCCUAAAGAAAAAAUUUUCAGAGGAGUGCUCCAUUGAAGUGGACUUCAACCACUGUUACUUGUGCAUUCGCUUAGGCGGGCUGAAGCUUAGGAGCCUUCAAAGCGAUGAGGAAUGCCUCAGCCGUGGCCUUCAGAAUCUGACUUUUCUUGACAAGGGCAGGUCAGAAAACAAACUUGUGGUUGAUCCAGAUACCUACACCUGGGUGGCUCACGGAGUCACUGAAGAGUUCAGCGACAACGAGAAGUCAGACAGGACUAGUCAGCAGACUAUGAACUUUUACAUCCACUAUAUGUCUAUGGAGAACAUCCCUGUGGAAAUCUCACAGGCCUCUGCCAGGUUCACGGUGGAGCUCAUACCAAAGAUGCUGCCAGACGUACGGAAAGAAAAGGCAAUUUGGAAGCUCCAGCAUGCCUCCGAGCUUGCUAAAAGCAUCGCCCUUGGCCAUGAACCUCCUAAAAGAGUGACAACGUCCAAAAUCCUGCAGCAAAAAUCCUUUGAUGUCCCUGGCACCCCCAAGAAGCUCAACCAGAGUCAGAACCAGGCUAUUCUAAAUGCUCUGAGAAAAUCCUUCACGCUCAUCCAAGGCCCACCAGGCACGGGGAAAACUGUUGUUGGAACUCACAUUGUCUACUGGUUCCAUAAGCUGAACGAGGAGAGCGUCGAGAAGGAGCAAACACCAUCCUCUGAAGAAGAAGAGCACAAGGGGAGAAAGUGCAUCUUGUACUGUGGCCCAUCCAACAAGUCUGUUGAUGUUGUUGCUGAGAUGCUGCUGAAGCUGAAGAUCCUGAAACCACUGAGAGUUUACGGGGAGGCCAUUGAGACGAUGGAAUACCCAUACCCGGGGAGCAACCGGAACCUCUACCGCAAAGCCUUGCGGGAUGCAAAACCAAAGCGUGAGCUCAGCGAAAUAAUCCUGCAUCAUCGCAUCCGGCGGCCGCCCAACCCUUUGUGGCAGGAGAUCUGUAACUUUGAUACUCGGAUGAAGAAAGGAGAGCGGAUAACAGAAGAAGAAACAAGGAAGUACAAAAAUCAGUUGUCAGCUGCUCGUGCAUACGAACUGGCAGGCCACGAUGUCAUCCUGUGCACGUGCUCCGCUGCAUCUGCCGCCUCCCUGGAGCAGCUCAGUGUCAAGCAGAUAAUCAUUGAUGAGUGUGCCAUGUCCACAGAGCCCGAGACCCUCAUCCCUUUGGUCAGCCACCGCCAUGCUGAGAAGGUUGUUUUGCUUGGGGAUCACAAACAGCUGCGGCCUGUAGUCAACAAUGACUUCUGCAAGAGUCUUGGCAUGGAGACAUCUCUUUUUGAGCGCUACCGGUCUCAGGCGUGGAUGCUGGAUACGCAGUACCGCAUGCACAAAGGCAUUUGCGAGUUCCCGUCCCAGGAGUUUUAUGAAACGCGGCUGAAAACGUGCCCCCAGCUUCUUCGUAAACCCAGUGUCUUCCACCACAAAGGUAACAGCUGCUGCCCUAUCAUCUUCGGGCACGUGGAGGGGAAGGAGCAGAGCCUCAUGAUUACUACUGAGGAAGGAAACGAGAACUCCAAAGCUAACCCAGAAGAAGCGGAGCAGGCGGUGAGGAUGGCGAAGCAGCUGACACUAGAUGGCACCAUCCGGCCAGAGAGCAUCGCCAUCCUGAGCCCCUACAACGCCCAGGUGUCCGAGAUCAGCAAGAGCCUCCUGAGAGAGGGCAUCCAUGGAGUGACCGUCUGCACCAUCAUGAAGAGUCAAGGAAGUGAGUGGAGAUACGUGAUCCUGUCAACUGUACGCUCCUGCCCCCGAUCGGAGAUUGAUAGGAAGCCCACGAAGAGCUGGCAGAAGAAGUACCUGGGGUUUGUUACCGACCCAAACCAGGUCAAUGUCGGCAUCACGCGAGCUCAGGAAGGACUCUGCAUUUUAGGGAACCAGUACCUCCUGGAGUGCAACCCUCUGUGGAGGAGACUGCUUCAGCAUUACAGACAGCACAACUGCUACACUGCCGCCCAGGGGAUUUUUAUCAGGAAGACUUCAGCCUUCCGCCGAUGAGGAUGGGUUGUACCUCGAUGAGCUCGUCCCUCUCUACCUGAACUGCGUUACGUGUGCCUUGGGAAGGACGCAAUCUUUCCAUUAUUUAACGACCUGCGGAGCCAAAUGCGGUGGGGGAGCCGGGAUCUUCCCCUGCACAGUGACAGCUCAGCUUCAGUGCGUGCUUUGGCAUCUGGGGGUUUUUUUAAUCAGUGCAACCUCGGACAGGAACUUUCAGCUCGAGCAAACCAAAAAGCAUUGGAAAUGGAUGGAUGGGUGUGUGACUUUAUUAACGAUGAUACUAUUUUUUUAACUGGAAGACGCUCUGCGGAGCCCCCAUCCUAUCUGCCAGUGCAGCUGCACCUUGGGGACCAAAUAUUCAGUCCAUUCAUCGAGGGUGGAAUGACUGCGCGCAACGGAGCCGCGCAGCAAGCUGCGAUUUGCCAUAGAGGACCAAAGCUUCUGAGUACUACCACUCAUUUUAAAACCAAGG